AUUUUAUGUCCUUCAAAAAACUGUUGGUAGAAUUCAACUGGAUGUACGAUGUGGAAAACAUUUUUAGGAUAGCGUCCUUAAAAUAUCAAAGUAUGAUUCUACGUGUAGUGUAUUUGGUGGUUGCAAUUCAACUGAUAAUUGGAUAUGCGGGUUGCAGUGUCGAAGAUUUGGACAGCACAUUGCGUAUGUUAAACGAAACAGACAUGGCUGAGUUGAAUUUUUUCAAAGUUGGUGCUUAUGCUGAUGAUGUAAAAAAUAUAGCAUAUGAUAACUUUAAAGUAAAGGUAUUAGAGAAGUAUUUCGAUAUGUUGGAUGAUAAGUUGCAUAUGACUUUCAGUUUUUACGAAACCGACCGGAUGAACCAUUUCUUUCUUUACCCAAACUGCAUUAACAUCAGCUAUGUUGAAUCUACAAGCAAUAACACCUUAGCACUUGUAUCACAACGUGUAAAUGCAUCUAUUGAGAAAGCAUAUAUUGCAACGUAUCAUAUCAACGAUACUCGAGUCAAAGCGAAGAAGUAUGAAGUCACGUUUGCCUGGAAUCAAAACAAAACAUACAUUUUUGGACAGGCGGAUAAUUUUGGAGACGAAUUUUUCAGCGCUGGUUAUUUCAAAUAUUGUUUUUUUCUGCUGAAUCAUUUUUACACACCGGAUGAUGUUUUAACUAUUCCUUCAACCUGCAAAAGGACAUCUCUCUACACUUACAAAGGUAACCAGGUGGACGGUCAAUUCAUCAAAUUAAAAAGACCAUUUUUAUUGUUUUCUAAACGGUCAAGUCGCAUUAAAGUAUGUAACGGAGUUGUACUUAUUGGACAAGUUUCUUGUAAAGGAGAAAUGUUCACAUUGCCAAAGAACAGAACGAUGAUUUCUAUAAGCCAUUCCUUAAAAUUUUCGACAAACCCCCUGCGGUUUGAUCAAAGCAUUGAUCAAAGAGUAAUAAUAGCUGCUUCAAAUGACAUACAGGCAGUGGCCUUAAAACCUUUUCAUAUCAAAGACGCUUUUUCCAUUACAUUUUAUGCUCAUCAAAUUCAGGCGUUGUUUGCUUCUGACGGAAACAACACGUAUGUUGUUCUUAAUUAUGACAACACAAGACAAUUAGAAUUUCUGAUUGGAUACAGUGAACCUUUUUGUGGUUCGAAAAGGUUUUUUACUGCAAACGAGUCUAGAUCAGUUGCUGAAACAUCGAAUGUUGGUGUACCUGGAAGGCACGUGUUUCUUUUAACGUCUUACAAUUGCAAGAGAGAAGAGUUGUAUCCAUAUGGGACACAUUGUGGCGACACAGAGAUGAGAAGAGGAGAUAAUUAUGCUGAAGAGCUGCGAUUGAAAACACCAAUACCAUUUAAUUCUACAGAUUCAGCUAAAAGUCUCUUCGUAAGCAUAAACGGCAUAAUAACGACUGAUUUUAGCAUCACCUCUGAAUUUUCAUUCAUUUCCACACGUGACAUACGAAUGGUUAUUGCUCCAUACCAUAUUGACUUCGACACAACAAGAGAUGGCUCUAUUUAUUACAGAGAAACACAAGAUGAACAAAUCCUUGCUCGCGUCAACAAAGAUAUCGAGUUAUUACAAGGAUUUAAAGCCGAUGCCACUCAUGCAGUAGUUUUUACCUACAGCAACGUAAAGGAGCGUGAUCAACCUUCACUGACAAUCACUUUUCAAGUUGUUUUAGCUCACAAUGGGAACGAUAAAGUCCACGUCGUGUUAAAUUAUAAAAAUAUCGAUGUAUAUACCAAGCCUGUUUCGAUGUUGGCUCUGCAGUCUUGUCUUUACAAAGACAUUGGAAUUCACUUGAACUCUUACACAGAUUUAAUGCGUAGCUCUAAUGUUGGUUUAAUGGGAAAACAUGUUUUUGAUAUAUCUGGAAAGAAUUGCAAUAAUGAAUAUCGAAAUGCUUACACAUUUUACGAAGAUUUACGCGACUUACGAAUUAUGACCAAGGGUUAUGACUUUGUAUUCAUCAACUGGAACGAAAAGGGGAUGCCGGAAAUCACAGUAACUAGAAGCGAUGCAUGGUUAAGUGUACAGGACAAGAUACACUACUGUUCUGAUGUUAAUGGACUUGAUAUAGACGGUCUCGAUGAAGGGUUUUCUUAUAACAUUCAGGUCACCGUAGGCGCAUAUCAAUAUUUUGCAAGAAAUGUCUCAGUUUUGCCUUUAGAGCCAUUACAAGUCAUACCAACACGGACAGGUGAAACGGUCACAUUAAAAUGGAAGACACCGCUCUAUUUAAUAAAGGAUUUAGGAGCAUGUAAAAUCAACAUUACCCACCAUCAACUAGGUGAAGAUGUUGCACUUUUCCACAGCAUACCAGUUUUAGAGUCAAGCUACGUGUUUAACAGUACCAUGGGCUCGACACAUAACAUUGAAAUAAUAUUCAUAGUUGGAGAUAAUUUUGUCACAACUCAUCUCAAGUACACCUUGCAAGAUAAGCAGGUAGAUGACAGUGAAAGUAAACGAGACAUUAUCAUAAUUGCAUCCACUUCAGCAUCAGUAAUGGUAAUCGUUUUUGCCUUGUUAUAUUCUCGUUAUCAAAAGAAAGUAAAGAAAAGAAGAAAUUACUUAUUACCUCAAGGCGCAUCAAAGAUAGAUCCUGACAAAAGUAUUCUUGAGCAAUGCAACAACCUUAGUUACGACACAAAAUUUGAGUUUCCAAGAAAGCAACUCUCAUUGGUAAGAGUUUUGGGAGAGGGCGCAUUCGGACAAGUAUGGAUGGGAGCAGCACUUCGGAUGGAUUUUUUUAAGCCACGAAGUAAAGGCAAAUCCGGACUUCAAAUGAAAAGAAUUACAAACUCCACUAAAAAAACUCUUGUUGCUGUUAAAACGAUUAAAGGUAAUGCUACUGAAACAGAAUACAAAGAUUUGGCAAAUGAGUUAAAACUCCUUAUACAUAUUGGAGAACACAGAAAUGUGGUAAAUGUUCUUGGUGCUUGCACUAAACAUGAUAAUCUACUGGUCAUCUUGGAAUAUUGCUCGAAGGGAUCUUUGUUGGAAUUUGUUAGGAUUAACAAAUACGACUUUAAAAACACAUGGCAUCGAGCCGAAGGAUCGGAAAUCAGUUUGCAUACAUUGACUUGGAUAGCCGUACAGAUUGCAGAUGGAAUGGACUUCCUGGAGAGAAAAAAGUGUGUGCAUCGCGAUUUGGCAGCGAGAAAUAUACUUUUAACAGAAACUUUGAUUGUAAAAAUUGCGGAUUUUGGACUGGCAAGAAACACGGAUGGUAAAGAUUAUUACAAAAAGGAAACCGAUGGAAAUCUACCAAUCAAAUGGAUGGCUCCAGAGGCAAUAACCAAUCAGAAGUAUACUUCUAAAAGCGACGCGUGGUCGUUUGGUGUAUUGUUGUGGGAAAUAUACUCCUUCGGAUCAAAUCCUUAUCCAGGAGUUAAAAAUGCUGAUGUGUUGAGUUACCUUAAAAGUGGAAAAAGAAUGGGGAAGCCAGAGAAUUGUCCUUACGAAGUAUAUCAAGUAAUGCUUCAAUGCUGGUCAGCUCCAAAAAAUUUGAGACCGGCAUUCAUAGACUUGCGGAACGAAAUUGACCGUGUUGUUCUCUCUCAUGAGGAAAGUUUCUAUAGCGGACAGUCAAUGGCCAAGAUGUUUAACAUACAGCCGUCUAUGAAGUACGUAAAGACAUUUAACCAUGAUAAGAAGAGUACAACUGGUGACAUUGUAGAAAAAGAUACCCCAUAUAUACUUCGAUCAGAUGUGACCGAAGACCAACAGGGAGAUGUUUACGUUGUACUGAAAGACAACGUGAAAGGAGUUCAAAAAAAUGGCGGAGAUAACUGCGACGAUGCGAAUGAUGAUCUCUAUUUUGCCUUUACUAAUUCAACAGAAGGUAAUUCGCUGUACCAGAAUGCAAACCAUGAUGUAUUAUGCAGCUCACCAGCAUUUGGUGAAUCACUACAUAGUAAAGAUGAAUCAAAUGGCAAUUCUGUUGUUGAAACAUGUCAUGGCAAUGAUAAAGAUCCACUUUAUGCUCAAACGGAAAGUAAAGUACCAAGCAAAAAUGAAAACAAAUCAAUUGAUGACUCAACAGUAGAUGAAAUAGCCCAAGAAAAUGAAAAUAUAACUUUUAACGAUAAAACGGAAAUUAAGGAAUUGCAUGAUAGUGGAAAUGGUUCAUUUGACAAUACAGCAGAAAUGAAAACGACGCAAUGGAGGCAACACAAAAAUGAAGAGAAUUUAUUAAACACAUCAACGGAAAUGGAAACAACGCGAAAAGAUGAAAGCGAUUUAUAUAAUUCUCCGAAAGAAGUCGAAACGGCGCGCCAAGGUGGAACAGAUUCAUGUGAUUCUACAACAGGAGUUGAAACAGCGAAGGAAAAUGAUACUGAUUCGUUUAAUUCACCAAAUAAAAUCGAAACAGCGCGCCAAAGUGAAACAAAUCCAUCUUAUACUACGACACGUGUCAAAACAGCAAAGAAAAAUGCAACUAAUUCGUUUAAUUCACCAAAAGAAAUUGAAACAAUCCGCGAACAUGAUCCUAAGAUAGGAAUUAAAACAACAGGCGAAAUUAUAGCCGAUUCAGCUGAUGAUGCAAUGUAAAAAAAAAUUAUGCAAGAAAAUGUCAAAUUCUGAUAUUUAAAUAAUGUCACAUAAUUCACCAAAAUCAAAUCACAAAACAACUUUAACUUUUAUGACUAUAAUGGCAUCAACUUUCGUAGUUGAUCAAUUAAUUGCAUAUUGCUUUGUAUUUUGAAAAAAUGAGCAACUCAAGGCUAGUGGAGGCUAUGUUCUUUAAUAGAUUGAUAAUUAUGUCACUUUAUUAUCGUACGGCACAAACAGUGAAUAUAUAUAGUAGCGAGAACCGCGAAAGUACGUUCGUGAUUUGCGAUUUAUGAACGUCAUCAGAUAAAAGGAGUGAGAACAACAUAAUUCCGAUUUACAUUAUAAUUUUCCAAUUCUUGAACAGAAAGUUGAAAUUGUUACCAUAUUUUGCCAAGAAGAUGUUUUGUUUAUUGUUAUUGCAUGAUUUCAAUAGUUGCUACUUUUCUUGAUUGUUACAGUAAAACAUACUAUAAAGUUUUAAAAAAAGCUUUAAUAUUAAGUCGUUACACACGUUAAAUUAAAUAUAAAAUAAAAACGUC